AUGAGAAAGUAAAAAGCCCACUGUGCAGGUGCAACACUGAUCAACUGGAAAUGGCCUAUUUGCAGUGGAAAAAAUCUGAUAGGGGCUGCACGCCCUGACACGCUCGACAAAAGAUUUUUUUCAUGACGCGCUGAUUUAUCGUUCUCUCUGAGGCUGCUGGGAUAUUUUUUUGCUGCUGUGUGUGGCUGUGACUGAUACCAGUCCAAAGAAAUGAACCGGUGAAGGUGAAGGGAAUUAUAGCCGAGCAGUUGGAAGGCAACAACAGUAGGAAAGAAGGAAAAGUAAACGUCUGCUAUUUACAAAAUUAGUUCUUUUUUAAAGGAAUUCUACAGUAAUAACUAUCUUUCCGCCUCUAAUUGGGCACAAAUUGCGUUGUCACCCAGAGGUUGAACUGUUAUUUUGCCACCGGCAGCUGGUUUCCGUCGAACGCUCACUUCCUUGACGACCGAAGGGACGCCGGGCUCCGCCCCCCUCUGCGUCCCGUCUCCAUGGAGACAGUAACAAACAUGGCGGAUUAAGUUUUUGCGGUCAGAAAAAGAGGAAGCACAUAUUUUUUUGCCCCGUGGCUUAUCGCAUGGGAUUCUCCAUGGCAACAGAGACGUCGACGUCACACACUUUAGGAAUCGUGGGCAGUGGAGUGCUUCUCGAUGAUCUUUCUUCCUGAAACAAGGUUGAUGUCGUACGGACUUGUGGUUUCUACAGGUGCACAAGCCAUCGUUUCGCGACCUCGGGUGAAGCUGCCAUGGACGGAGGAGACAGGGACGCGCCCUCGGAUGAAGGUUCAGACCAGGAGCUCGCUCUUCCUCCCGAUCUGGAGUGGCUAGAAGAGUUGUCCGUAGAGGAUGGCGAUGGUGACCGCGUGGUUGCGGGCGAUGAUGGUCAGAAGAGGAGUUAUGCCGAGACAGCACGGAUGUUCAAGCUGAGGCGAAACCUGGACCAGCUGGACUCCUUUCACCGACAGAAGGAGCACGACGUGCUGCAAACCAGAGAAGAGCUGAAAGUCUGUCGUCAGAAUAUCCAUGGUUUGGUGGAGCAGAGGGACGCCCUGGAGAAAGACGUAGAGCAGGAGAAAGCCGCGGACAACAGCGUGGCCGUGUUCCGUCUACGGACCCAGCACAAGCGUCUGUGUCAAAAGCUGCAGAGUGAAGAGGAGCUGGAAGGUGAUAUCAUCACCGAGCUGAAGCAUCUAGAACUGGAGCUGAAUGAGGUGGAGGUGGAGCUUGGCAGGUUCUCCUCUCUCCGGCAAGAGGUGCAGGAGGAUGAGCGGGGCUUCCAGGUCCUUAAGGCCCAGAAGGCAACAACCAGGCUGCAGCAGGAGGGAAGAGUCAACCAGAAUCUGCAGCUCAAGAUGCAGCAUCUAAGGGAUAAACAGGCAGCCAUGAUGAAGAAAGAGGAGCUUGAAGGUCAGAAGAAAAUUGAAGAGCGCGGGGCGAACCGCAAGAUCGCCGCCAAGUACUUGAAAGAGACCAUUAAAAGGAUGCAUCAGCAAGAGGCCGAGAAGGAGGAACAGAACAGGCAGUUACUGGAAAAGAGGAUACAAGCCGUCACGUCACUGAAAUCCAACAUAGCAGCCACGCAAGAGAGCCUACGGGUCCAACAAAGCAGAGCUAAAGCAAAUGCCCAGAAGAAGGAACAGCAACAGAGGCAACUGAGAGAAUCCCUGCAGGGCCAAGGCAUCAACGGUAUCAAGCAUAUCUACCAACAGAAACAACUAGAGACGGUGAAACGAAAACAAGAGAAAUUCGAAGAGAGGCAGAAGUCAAAGAAGGUGGCGAUUGUGGCAAAACUCCUUCAGGAGGAUCAGCUGGUGAAGAGCCGAAAGAGGCACGAGGCGAAACCGCCCAAACUCUCAAACACUGACAAGUUGCAAUCUCUGGCGCGUGCAAGAGAGCAUCUCCUGCACUACCUGGAUGCUGGCCCACCAUCUGCCGCAGAGGAGAGAGCCACAAAUCAGUUAAGAGAGUUCAGUGGCUACAGCAGCUCAUCGUCAUCCUCCUCGGACGGUGAGGACCCGGAGGAAACCAUGCACCAGGAAGUGGACCACCAGAUACCGGCCGACAGCUUGGCAGAGCCUGAGUUCUCGGGGCUGUGGGACGACAACUACAAGAAACUCCUGAACGAGAAGACGACAUUGAUGCAAACAGAAGUAAAGCAGGAAGAACCUGCAUCUGCCGGUGGAAAGCUCGACGUGCCUGCUAAAAAAGUUCAGGCAAAAAAGUUGAAACAUUCUCCGUUCAUCAGUAAACCAGAGGUCAUCAUCUUCAAGGACUUUGAAGUGGGGAAAAUAUAUAAGAAGAAAAUUGUCCUGACUAACAUCAGCUACACCACUAACCAGUGCAAGCUGCUCGGGGUCUCUACCCAGCUUAAAGAUUUCAUCUCUAUCAACUUUGAGCCUCCAGGUUCUUUAUCUGCUGGGAUGUCCUGCGACACGCAGGCUGUUUUCCAACCUAUGAUCAACGAGGACCUGGAAGGAGACGUGCAGUUUGCAUCAGCACUGGGUCUUUUCUCUGUGCCCGUCAGAUGCACCAUAAAGAAAUGUGAGCUGGAGGUCGACAGCCAGUUAAUUGACUUUGGUUCGCACGUGGUGGGCCAGACUGUUUCACGGACCAUCACCUUGACCAACAAGGGUGCGCUGGCCACCCUCUUCAGCCUGGACACGUCCACGUGUCCCAGCCCAGAAUCUCUUCAUGUCCAGAUGCCAUCUCAGGUCUCCGCUCACACAUGCCAGGAGACAAGCAGCCAAAACACAACAUGUGGCAGUCAGACGAGCUCCGAACUCAUGGGCACCGGAGAAAUCCAACCAGAGCAAGAGAGUCAGGAGCUUCCUGAGGCAUCGCAGCAUGAGAAACCAGGUGAAGUGUCAGAAGCUUCGGCUGCAGGGCAAGAAGCCAUUCCUCAGGCGUGUGUGUCCACUGAUGCGGAAACCAAGGUAGACGAGAGCCCCCAAGGCACCGGUGACAUAAAUCUAGGAAAUAUUAGAGAGGGGGAGAUCGGACCUUUUGAAAGCAUCAAAUUGGAAGUUGUUUUCACUCCAACUGUUCCCGGAGAGGCCAAUCUAGACUUCCACAUCAAGUUCUCCAACCUAUCCAGCAAACCGAUACCUAUCCAAGUGAGGGGUGUUGGGGUCAGCAUCCCUGUGUGGGUGGUUCAGCCCAGCAUUGAUCUGAAGAUCUGCAUGUUCGACCGCCUCUAUCAAGACACUGUCGUGGUCCAAAGCAGAGCCAGCGCGGCGUUGAAGGUGACUUUUGAGGUGCGCCCGGAAAUGAGGAAACACAUGGAGAUCCUGCCAAAGACCGGCUUCAUCCAGGCCCAAUCGAGCUUCAAGGCCCAGCUAAAGUUCCUGCCGAGACGUUCCUUGUCCAAAGAUGCCAAGACGUUUUUUGACAGUUACACGGGAGUCCUGGAGGUUCCAAUGACAGUACAAGUAUCAGGCCAGGUGCAGCCCGUGCAUUUCACGGUCCAAGCAUGCGUGACCCCCUCCGACCUGCAGUUUGACCGCACUGAGGUGGACUUCGGCUACUGCUCCAUUCACACGUCGGCCAAGAGCAGCGUCCGCCUCACCAACCUCUCCCUCCUGCCUCAGGACUUUGGCUUCGUGGGUGCUCCGGAGUUUAUUGAGGUCCAGCCUAACGAUGGCUUUGGCACUCUGCUCCCAGAAGAAACCCUGGAGAUUGAUCUGAUUUUCAGUCCCAACAAGGCCAAAGUUUACAAUUUCCAGCUCAACUGCAAGACGGAAAUUAACAGAGAUUUCCCGCUGUCCUGCCGAGCAGUGGGGGUCCGCCCUCCACUGGAGCUCUCCCAUUCUCUGGUCCAGUUUGGGGCCACGGCAUUAGGUGACCACUCCACCGCAGUUCUUUACCUAAACCACCCUCACGCCAAACGUAACCCGUCCAAACCACUGGUCGCGCCGGCGGGCGAGGACGCCACCGCUCCUGAAGUGCCCAGGCUGUUCUCCUUCAGCCUGCCCAAGGAUUCCCACGUCGGCAUCACCCCUGCCGCAGGACGCCUGCUCCCCGGAGAGAGAUGCCUGGUUCAGGUGACGUUCAGACCCGGACUGCUGGAGCAGGAGAUCAAAGAAGAGGCGGAGCGUCGUCUCCACCGGGCCAAGUUGCUCCGCGAGAAGGAGCUGGAGUUGAAGAGACUGGCCAAACAGGAGACUAAAAAGGAGGCCCCAGUGGAACCCAGCAAAGGAAAAAAAGCGUCUGUGAAUCCAAAGACCAAGAUGUCAGAGGAACCAAAGCAAGACAGCCCAACUGAAUCACCAGAUCCUGUCGACAUACAGCUGGAAUAUUCAGAGCGGUACGAGGAGGCCAGGGCCUGUCUGCUGUCGUCCUUCACCCAGCGCUACAGCGAGUUCACCGUUCCCUGCUUCAUAUCAGACGGAGACCCCCCCGAGGAAGACAGACAAGCCCCGCCCACAUGGAGUCCCUUCAACACGCUCUACUUGAAGCUGCAGUGUCCUGCCGUCCAGCCCUCUCUCCUGGUGAUAUCCAACAACGGACUAAAUAUCAUAGACUUCCGUCAGGUGGUCGUGGGGGUGGAGGUGAUUAAGAGGUUUACAGUUCAGAACAUUUCAAGGGAAUCGUUGGAUCUGAGCACAUUACUGUUGGAUAUCCAUGGUCCAUUUUGCCUUCUCAAUGCUCUCAGAUGCAUAAGACCUGGGGAAAAACACACACUGGUCCUGGCCUUCAGUCCAACUCUGGAGAAAAAGUUCUGUGAGACUCUGGAGAUCCGUAACCACAAAAUGACCCUGUGGGUGACUCUGCGUGGGGAGGGCGUGGUCCCCGUUGUCACCUCGUCCCACCCUGGAGGGCUCCUCGACUUUGGCUAUGUGUUUCAGAAGGAGAGCACCUCACAGGUCCUGAAGCUGCAGAACAGCUCGGUGGUGGCGGUGGGUUUCAGGGUGCUGUUGGCCAGUCUGUCUUCCACCAGGCCUCGGGGUGGAGUUGACAGAGUGGACGUCCUGCUGGGCAAUUACACAGACCCUAAGCUCCACCCCACUGUGGGUGACAGUAGUGACAGUGGCUCCUGUUCUGUGUCCUGUGCAGGAACCCAGAACUACAGUGGGCUGAGUGUGUUCAGUUUUGUGCCAGGAGGGGGCAGCAUUGCUCCAGGAGAGAGCCAGGACGUCACAGUCACCUUUCAGCCUGACCAUCCGUCUGUCAACUAUUCUGACAAACUCACCAUACAGCUCAUGAAUGAGACUGAAGUGUGUGUGGUGGAUCUGAAGGGUGCAGCCUCCUCACACAACAUGUAUCUAUACGGAGGAGACGUCCUGACCGUGCCCAUCGAAUCCCUCAUCCCCCCACUGAUGACCAGUCCAACUCAGCACGCAGAGGCAGAGGUGACGGAGAAGCCCAGCAUCCCGGUGCUGGUGACCCUGCGGGCAAGCUACAGCGGGGGAGCCCUCACACCUGCAGUGAGGGAGCUGCAGGUGGGCUGCAUCCGCUCCACACCACCCAGUAAGAAGAGUGCAGAGUUUUCCUGGGAUACCGUGGCGUCCCUUCAGCAGCAGGGCUUCACUGUGGAGCCAAGCAAAGGCACCGUGGAGGCAGGCCUCAAACGCACCAUCAGGGUCACAUGGAGCCCUCAGAGCGGAUACAAGCCCUACGAGGUGGUGCAGACAUGUGUGCCUCUCACCUUGAAGGGGGAUGAGAAGAGUGUCUACAAAGUCACCUUGAUGGCUCUGGUGUCCAACACUGCCGACUGACCUCUGCUGUACCUGGAUGACGGCCAGUGGGGAAGCCGGUGCACACACACACACACACAUCCCUGUGGCGAUUCAUAACAUAUGUGAAAUCUCAGUCAUAUUUUGCAUUGAUUCAGUGGCCUGUAUGUCUGACAAUAUGCUUUCUGAACUAAGAGUUUUAAAUAGUGUGGGAAAACCAAAGCAAUUUUAACAUGCUGGUAUUACUGUACCUCCACUAUGGCCAUAAUUAUGACAAGACUGUAAACCCCUCGUGACCCAUGACCCUAAGCUCAAGGAAAGACCUUUUGUGGUUGGUGACGUUUGAAAGGAAAGCACUCCUUUCCAAAAGGCUAGAGAGAGAAAGAGAUGCCCCUUUGUGAAGCACUUGACAGUACAAACCUUAUUCCACCACCAGGGGGUGCACGAUGCUGAGUGAGCCGCUGGUUUAAUGGCGUGUCAGCUGAUGGAAACCAGCAGAUGUGUUAAGUGUUUACUGUAACAUUGCUGCUACUGUACACAUGAAGUGAAAGGAGGCAGAGUUCAGUCUGAGGUCAAACAAGGUGCAGUCUGAACUAUCGGAUUCACGUCGAUGAACGAUGAUGAUGACAACAAAUCCUGGUUUUAUAUAAAAGCAACUGUCAUAAUAGUCCACUGAUCAGGCAUAGACUGAGAUAGCAGUAUCUGCAUCAUAGGCCGGAUGGAGAAAAGAGAAAUAGUGCUGGUUUCAAUGAGAGAGAUAGUAGUGGGUUGAUGCUUCUGAUUAUUAUCUACAUGUUAGUGUUGAUGUCACCUUUCAUUUAUAGGUCAUUGAACUUUGGCACACAGGAUAAUCAUCCCGGUCCCAAGGACCUGGACAGGGUUAGAGUACGGCUCUAGAUAUAAAUGCUUUUACAAGUUCCUGCCACUAGGAGGCAAUGAUGACCACCCGGUCUUCUGGUGGUCAUGGAAUUCCUGAAAAAGUCAUGGAAUUUAAUGUUUUAAAGUGUUUUUAAAAUGAUAAAAUAAAAUUCAAUAAUUAUAUAGGAAAUUGCAGCAUUAUGCAAAGGUUUAGUAAGAACAGACACAUUCACUUAAGCCGCUAUUGUUUCUUUCAACUUGAUUCAUCCAUUCAUGGCGGUUUGAACAGGAGUACAUCAGAUAGCGCACACACAAUUAAAUCUAUGCAGGUGCUAGAUAACAAUAAAUGAGAUUUCAUUUAACAAAACACUUUUUUUACUGCUACGCUGUUUUUAACUCUUCUUUUAUUCAUAAUAGAAUAUUAUUAAAUUAAUAAAUAUAUUUAUUGUCUACCAGGGUGCAAAUACUCAGGGUACAAAAUACAAUAUUCAUUGUUGGGUAAAGAUGUUGAAUCUCAAUUUUUAAUUCUAUACAGUUUUCAACAUUUUCACAACACAGUGAACCUUGAACUAAUAAAUUCAAAUUAAAACAAAUCAAGCAAACACACUUUGAGUUUCGCUUCCUCUGGUUUGUUUAUCAAUCACGUGUAGCAGAAGGUCCAUCUGUCAUCUACCACUUUAUCCAUUUGGGGGUCACAGGAAUCUAACCCCAAGUCUUUUAGACUGGUUGGCUCUGGUUGGUCCGAACUGGGAUUUGAACACAGGACCUAGAACCUUCUUGCUCAAUGCAUGUCCUUUGGACUGUGGGAAAAAGCCGGAGAACCAGGAGAAAGGUUCUCUGGUUGGUUCGAACUGGGAUUUGAACCCAGACCCUUCUUGCUGUGUCAUUUAAAUUCAUUCAUAAUCCCCCCCAGCAUAUUUUCACCCAGUCAUAUUUAAAUCAUUAGGUUCUUUAACCCCCCAAAAGGGUGUUUUACAGUGUGUGUGUGUGCGUGCGUGCGUGUGUGUGUGAGAACAAGGGCUUGUGUGUGUGUGUGUGUGUGUGUAACAACAGAUGUCACUAAUGCCUCAAAACGGACCAAUCGGGUCUGACCUCUCCCAGAGAUACAUGCUGUAAGCAUUUAUCUGAGAUUGCAGGAGAUUAUGCUAAAUCAGAUUACUGUACCCAACCUCCUUAUUAAAAGCAAGGUCAUUAUGAGCUUAGCCUCGUGUAAUGUCACUCGUUUUAUGAAACGUACAA